GAGAGAGAAUGAGUGCAAGUCUUAGUCAAGGCAUGAGCGUCGCGAGCUCGAAUGUCCGACGACGCGACUCAUGGUGACUCAAUCUUCCUCCUCCUCGCACAAAAUGCAGCAGCAGCGAGACCUAAUCCCAACUCCGAACUCCACGACCAUUCCCACGACGCUUCAUGGAAUAGGGACAUAAUUCUCAUGCUCGCUCUCUUCUUACGUGCCAUUAGGGUUUCACUCCGUCUCCCCUCUCGCCACCAUUCUCCUACUACGCUUACUCCGGAUUACAAUCCCGUUCAUUGUUGUCUCCCCUCGCGCACGACGUUCAGCUUCGCUUCGUUUCAUGACUCUGACGAACGCCGCAGUCGCGGCAGAAUCUCAUGGAUUGAGAGACAGUCUUGAUGAGUUUUGGUUCAUGAGGAUGUUGACGAUGGCGUGAGCGGUGGCUGGGAGGGCAGGAAUUUUUCAAGGGUUGUGUGGUAGGAGGGAGGUCUGCACAAUUGGUUUCAGCUGUGGUGAAGCUGCGAUGGAAUCGAUAGCGGAAGGACUGUGGGAGUUGGCGGAAACGCACGAGAAAGAAGGGUGUAUAGCGCAAGCUGUGAAGUGCUUGGAAGCGAUUUGUCAAAGUCAGGUGUCUUUUCUGCCAGUGAUUGAAGUGAAGACACGCCUUCGAAUUGCGACUCUUCUUCUGGAGCACACUGAUAAUGUCACGCACGCCAAGGCACAUCUUGAACGAGCGCAAUUGUUAUUGAAACAAAUUCCAACUUGUUUUGAGCUGAAAUUUCGAGCUCACAGUCUGCUAAGUCGAUGCUAUCAGCUUGUGGGCACUAUUGCGGCUGUGAAGCAGACUUUGAAGAAAGGAUUGGAGCUUUCCACCAAUGCAGCGACUGGCGAGUCCGGGCGACUGUGGGCCUGCAACUUCACUUUGCAACUUGCAAAAGCUCUUACCACUGAGAAUGAUUAUGCUGGUGCACUGCGAUUGUUAGAAAGCGGCUCUAGGUUAGCUGCUGCCAUGAAUCAGCCUCAACUCGAGAUGGUAUUUGCAACUGCUAGGUUGCACAUUCAGCUGAUGCAAUGGGAGGAUCCUGCUAUCAUAGAGCGAAGUCUUGCUGAAUGUGACCAGUUGUUCGAGAGAAUUCCACAGCAUCUGAAACGCUCGCAUGCAGGUCUACAUGUCUACAAGGAACUUCUUUACAUUUUUUUCCUUCUGCGGGCAUGUGAGUAUAAGGAAGUACAAGACCGCGUGACCGAUUUGGAUACAACGCUAAGAGAGUUGGAACAGGCCGUAUCAGUGCAACAACCGGUAUUUGACCCUCUUGUGUAUCAAGAGCUCCAGAACCAAUUUGAGUGGUUGAUUAAGGAGCUACAACUUCCAGGCGCCUCGUCACAACGGACUGCGGAUCUGCAAUAUCAUUAUGGCUUAAUUCAGCAGCGGCUCUUCCAGUAUGAGCAGUUGAAGUACCAUGUGGCAACACUACAGGGAGACCCAAGCAAACUACAAUUGGGGCCCGCACCAUUGGACGAGGAAUGGAUCCCCAAGGCUGCAGUUCUUGUUCUGGUCGAUCUCAUGUCCGUUGUUUGCUCAAGGCCCAAAGGCACGUUCAAAGACUGUACAAUACGAAUAAACUCUGGGUUGGACCGUGUUAAUGGUGAACUGGAGAAGCUUGGAAUUACAACUCAGGUAACAGAGGCAGAGUUGCACCACUGGGCAAUGUGGACGGGUGGUGUUUAUUUGUUAUUGUUGACGCAGCUGCUUGAGAACAAAGCAGUAAUUGAUCUUACCGAAGCUGAUUAUGUUGGAGCCCAGAAGUCUUUAAUUCAGUUGGUGGAAUGGGAGAGGAGAUUCCCAACAAUGCUUCAAGGCAAUGAAAGCAAUAUUCAAGUACUUCUGGGUCAUUAUGCACAUUCCUUGGGCUAUUUCCAUGAGUCAGCUCUUCAUUUCAUACAGGCAUCCAAGUUGACAGAUAACCAGGGUUUGCGAGCCAUGUGUCAAGUGAAUGCUGCAAUAUCGUAUAUCUGUUUAGAUGACCAAGAUUCAUCCUCGCAUGCAUUGGACCUCAUAGCUCCUGUUUAUCGAAACAUGGAUUCGUAUUUAGGGGUGCGGGAGAAAACCCUGGUUCUUUUUGCAUCGGGUGUCCUACAGAAAAAGCAACAGAAUCUGCAAGAAGCUCGGACACGAUUAGCAACUGGUCUAAAAAUUACUCACAAGCAACUGGGUAACCAUCAGUUAGUCUCCCAGUAUUUAACGGUUCUUGGUAGCCUGGCUAUUGCCAUGCAUGACACAACUCAGGCCCGUGAUAUUCUUAAAUCUUCUUUCACUCUGGCGAAGUCACUUCAUGAUAUACCAACUCAAGUGACGGUCCUGUCUGAGCUCAGAGAUAUGUUCCGGGACUCAGGAGAGAGUGGAAAGGAAGCAGAGCACGCUGAAGCUGAGGGUAAGAAGUUUGAGGACCUCCGUAGACGUAUUGCAGAGGCUCAAGCAACUCCUUACCACGUUCCCCUCUUGCAGUAUGGCUUGAACAGAUACUGAUGGCUGUCCGGUGCCAUGGAUGCACCUGCAGUAUCAGUCACAUCUUUUUCUGGAUAUGACAAGACCCCUCUCUUUAUAUCUUAUUUGUAAAUACCAUCAGGUCUUACUUGCAGUCAUAUUUUUGUAACAUAUUGAGGCUUCCAGUAUUGCAGUAGGUCAAGUCAAUUUGCUCAAGUUUGUCGUUAGGGUAUGGACUUUAGAAGAGAUAUAUACUUGAAUCAACACAGGUAGUGCAGAAUUAACAGUUCAUUCAUUCAGAUUCCUUCAUUAUAGGGACAUCUUUCGCUUUCUUACCAGAUUCACAUAAAUUGGCAGCACAACCCUUGAUCAAUAUGCCAUCUAUUUGAGGCAUAUAUGGUUAGGUCAUUCUGGGUUUGUCCAUUUCCUUGCGCAAGGCCUUCUGAUUCUUGCUGCGUCGGUUGCAGGUUUCAUCUCCUAACGCAUCUAUAUUUGGUUCAUUAUCUUGGGGUUAUACCGUAGCAGAUGUACCGUUCAUUCUACCCAAAGCUUGGAAUAUUGUAGGUGACACAAAAUGUUUUAUGAAACUUUUUACAUUUGAUGAGGAUUACCAGUAACUUCUAAA